AUGGCGGCGGAGUGUUUGACAACUAUAACUGAGCCAUGGAUACGGGAGAGAUUACAGCUUAAACAUCCAUGUCUCGGUGAUGUCCGCUCGCUGAGCCUCCCGGGAACUUCAGAAGAGAAGAUACGAAGUCUGGGAAACGCACUGAGUAACUUUGUCCGUCUGAAGUCUCUGGACCUCUCCUGCAAUGUGCUCGUCUCCAUUGAGGGGGUUAAACAUUUGAAAGUCCUGGAGAGGCUGAUCCUGUACUAUAACGACAUUCCUUCCCUUGAAGAGGUGACGGUUCUGUUCGAGCUGCCAGCUUUGAGCGAGAUUGACCUCCGGCUCAACCCUCUGACCAAACGAUACCCGAAAUACCGUCCUUGUCUGGUGCAUGCCAUGCCCAACCUACGCAAACUAGAUGGUUGUUCAGUCAGAGACACCGAGCGCAAAGCUGCCAUAUUGCAGUUCUCCUCCGACCUUCUACCUCUGCAGAAGAGCUCGUCUUUGACUCAGGUUGCUGACCAAAGAAGCAGUGAUCAGAGACUGGCUUCAGUGGAUCGCUUAACCAAGAGGCGCUGUCUCCUGACCGACUCUGAUGAUAUUGUGUUGAAUUUUGUUGCAACGAAUCCAGGAGACCGAAGUGCAACUCAGGACAACUUUGUUCUCAAGGAGGUAAAAGACCCCACAGAGGAGGAAUCACACGACUUUACAGAACAGAGGAGUUCAACUCCAAAACCGGAAACAGCUAAAUCCAUCCUCAGGUAUCCUCCCACAAUAUAUGAUAUCGCAACGUCCAAAGUGCCACACAUGAAAGAACCUUCUCAUACAAGAAGCUCUACCUCAUUAAAAGUCACUGAAAGACCAAAGGUGUCCUCUGGCCCCGAUGUAGAGAAAUGCAGAUCUGUGCCUGGAAAACAAAAGCAAAAGGACUCUCACAAACAAUCCAGACAUGCAGCCAAGGGACAUUACACCCCUAAUCCUGAUCAAAGUCAUGGUCAUAGUUCCUCCUUGGCUAAUAUCCGGCCUCCCAGUCCACGUCAUCUUGGUUUGACUUUGUCUGACCUCUCAAACCCCAUCCUACACCCGCCAAGACUGACCUACUCCAGCUUAAACAACACUGAGGGGGGCUCCAACCAGCAGCAAGGGGAACAUAAAAGAAGGGGUAGUUAUAGGAAACCCCUGGAGAUGCUCCUCAACCUUGUGGACAAACACUGGAGCAGAGAGAGGUCAUUGCAUCAUAACAACAACUUCCUGUCUCAAGCAGUCCAGAUCCUCUCUAUGAUGGAAGAUGAUAUUUCUAGUCGGGAGGCUGAGGUCAGGACCCUAAGACAAGAAGCUGAUGCACUAAACUUUCAAGCAGCUACACGAGAGGAAGAGCACAAAAGUGAAGUCCGAAACCUCUCCGCUCAGCUGGAGACCGCCUGCAGUGGUGUUGGCAAAGACAACGAGAAGCUGAGGAUUGUCUUGGAGGAAAAUGUCGCUCUGCAGAAACGGCUCAUCAAGUUAGAAGGACAUUAUCUCAAGUCUAGGAUGAAAAGUUCACCUAUUACUCAGAUUAAAGAGGCUCAGACAGAAGUGGAGGAGCUGAGGAAGGAGAUUGAGGGGUUGAAGGUGAAGGUAAUGGAGGCUGAGAAAGUCAAUGGUUUAUAAAAUAUGCUGCUAGAAAGGUAAGAAGUCGGGCCAUCUUAAUGUCGGCAGCUGGUUUUACUGCAGCCACACAAGCACAACGGCGAAGCAGCCCUCCCUUGUUUGUGUCCAGCAGGAUGAACAGUAAGUGCUUACUGGCUGAGCUGAAAGGAAGUGGGCAGCUUCAAAGCAGAACUUGAAUGAAAAGAUGACACAGGGAUGAAAAUGUCAAGCAAAACUAUGCCAAACGGAAUCUUAGCACUGCAGUGUAAAUAUUAUUAGUGUAUAUUAUGAUUCUUGCCCUUUUGAAAAGAUGUUUCAUUUUAUUUUUGUAUCUGUAGGGACUGCAUUUGGUUGACGUAAACUGUUAGGAGGAAAGGCUCUUCUUUCAUGGAGGUUUGUGUAUAAGUGUUUGACAGGGUUGUUAUGUUAAAUUAAUUUAAGGGGGAAAGUGUCAGUGAGAAAGUCAUAAUGUAUUUCCUGGAUCUGUAGCAAGAUUGUGUCUCUCUUAGCUGCUUUCCCUUUUUUUAGGUCACUAGUGCCUCCAUCUGCUUCGUACACUACAGUGGAAUGAAUGCAUCUAGAUUCCAGCUGCACUGUGACUAUUUAUACCUCUGCCUUCAGGGCUGUAGGGCUACACACACACACACACACACUUCCCUUUCACAAACACUAAUGCGUGACCUGGCAAACGUGGAUGGUCCUCUAUGAACUGAGUGUCUGUAUUGUUUUUAUGUGAAUGCUAAGGUUGAAGGUCGUUGCUACUGGCGGGGAGUUAUGAUGUGUUUCCAAAAAACCAUAAGAAUAUAAAACAUUGUGUUUUGACUAGUACCGAACUAAGCUGACACUCCGGGGGGUGUUUUUUAUUUUCAGUAAUGCAUUACAAAUCAUGAACACACAUUAAAAGCUUAAUAGAACAAGAACACACUGCAUGCACCGGGGCACUAUAAUACUAUACGUUAUUAAAAAUAAGACAACAUUGUUCCUCCACAUUAAAGGUGCACAGUAUUUGGCAUUAAGCGCAGAAAACGGAUCAAUCUACUGCAGACGUCAAAUAAACACACUAAUAGCUGCUAGAGGUGCAUUCAUGCAUGAUUCUUCAUCAGCUGAGGCUACCGGUAGUGUGUGACACACACACUGUCACCAUGUUGGAAAAAUAUUGUACAAAAGUAGAUUACUUUGCAAUUUUCCCUUUUAUCUCAUAUAGAUGUGAGUAUGCAACAGUUAGAGACCUGAUUUAGUUUUUAGUUAAAUUUGUGCCGUGGAUGAUCGUACCACACAUAAAAGGUUCUUUAAAUCUUUACCAACAGACACAAACACUAGCAUUGGUGCGGAGCUGACUUUGUAUGUACAGAUUAAUACAUAUUGAUUUCAAGCAAUACAAGAUUUUAUCAUGAUCCCACAAUUUCAUCACUAAGUUAUUUAAGUCGUCACAGCAGUUCAGUAAGAUAUGACGCACUCCGACUGUCAUCUAUAUGCUUCUGAAUCAAAUGCAAUACACAUGAACAUGCACAAAGUACAGCAAUACAAGAAAAACAACAUGAAGCCAGUGUUUUAAAUUCAGCCAUGUGGCUAUCACUUUCGAAUAUACACAAUCUUACCACAAAUAUAUUAGAACUACUGUAUGGAAAUAUAAGUAAAAUGUUAAAAAUACAGUCUUGUACAACGGAGCUCAUAUAUUGUGGUGAGAGCUUUCUUCUUUCGCUAAAAACACCAAUUAAAAAAUCUAAAUGCAUGUUGGAAAAGUGGUUUGUAAUCUGAAUAAAGUUGGUGAAAGAGAAAAUGGA